AUGGGGAAGUCCUCGAAAGACAAGCGAGAUGCAUACUACCGACUAGCAAAAGAAGAGGGGUGGCGAGCUCGAUCUGCGUACAAGCUCUUGCAGCUAGACGAAGAGUUCAAUCUCUUCGAGGGUGUUACUAGGGUCGUUGAUCUAUGUGCCGCGCCAGGAAGUUGGAGUCAGGUGCUGUCAAGAGUACUCAUCAAAGGCGAGAAGUUUGGACGAGCAGGCUGGCAAGAAAAGCAAGCUACGACACGGAACUAUGUUCUUGGGCUAGAGAAGGAGGCAGUCAACAACUCAGAAGACAAGGCUGAAUUGAAAGAGCAGCGGCCAAAGCCGAGAGACGGGGUCAGAAUUGUCGCUAUCGACCUACAACCCAUGAGUCCGCUUGAAGGCGUCACUACAAUGCGCGCCGACAUUACACAUCCCUCGACCAUCCCUCUUAUGCUGAAGGCGCUUGACCCUGACACAUAUGAUCCUAACUCUACCACUCCGUCUUCAUUUGUAGACCUUGUCAUUUCAGACGGCGCGCCCGAUGUCACUGGCCUUCACGAUCUCGACAUUUACGUCCAAAGCCAACUACUCUGGGCCGCACUCAACCUUGCCCUUUGUGUUCUGAAGCCUGGCGGCAAGUUUGUAGCAAAGAUCUUCCGAGGAAAGGAUGUGGACCUGCUGUUUGCGCAACUGAAGAUCGUAUUCGAGAGGGUGAGGGUAGCGAAACCACGGAGCAGUCGCGCAAGCAGUAUCGAAGCAUUUGUCGUAUGUGAGGGCUUUCGCCCGCCAAAGGGAUUCACACCAAGUCUAGACAAGCCGUUAGGUGCAGGAACACAACUACCCAUCCCCCAAGAUGCGCCGAAGCAGGAGAAGAAGGUGUCACGGAACGUGAGGGAAGAUGGGGCGAUCGAGCUAGAUUUAGGGUCUGAAAGCGAAGAUGAAGAUGACGUGGAAGAAGGUGGACAGCGAUGGAUUGCUCCGUUUCUAGCAUGCGGUGACCUCUCAGCAUAUGAUUCCGACGCGACGUAUAACCUACCCAAGGAUCGUGUGAGCCUGGAUCCAGUACAACCGCCUACCGCACCGCCAUAUAAACGCGCGCUGGAAAUGCGGAAGUUGGCUGGUGGCGCAUAUGGAAAGACGAAGGCUAGGGAGAGCAAGAAUAUUGCGUAG